CAUCAAGUAUAAGAGGGCAGCCCUGGAAGCACUGACAACGAAUACACAGUUGCGUGACAACGAAUACACAGUACGAAUACUGACUGCAGAUUGACGACAAAUAUAUAUAAAGAUAUGGAAUCUAUAUCGCUAAAAGCUAGAAGAAAUUGUGCUUUUGAAUUCGACAAUUGCGAAUUCUCUGCAUUGUCGACGAUGGCCGAACGAUUUUACGAGGACCCUCUUCAAACAGUUCCGGAUCUGGAAACUCUAGAAAUGAAAGCAGCUACAGGUGCAGCAUUUACAGAGCAAGAAGUACCGGAUGAGGCAUUAUAUUUGCCAAUGCAUAGUGAGGCAACUCCGGUGCGAAUGGACACAUUGUAUGCAAAAACACAUAAAAUAACACCAAUGGCACUGAAGUUCGACAACGAUGUGAGCGACUCUAAACCUGUUUGUCCGAGACAAAAUACGACCAUAAAGCCGGCUAAGAGAAAGAAGUCCAAUAGACGAAGCUACUUGUCAAGCGACCUUCCAGCAGAGAUCCGGAACCAAAGGCGGACUGUUGCUAAUGCGAGAGAACGAGCUAGAGUCGGAAGAAUGUCAAAUGGUUACGAUGCAUUGCUGAAGUCACUUCCAAAAUACCUUACCGCAUCAAAAAUGCGGAAAGUAGACAUUUUGAACUCAGCUGUUUGUCACAUACAAAACCUGAUGCGGUUACUGGCUGAUUAUCGGUACGAUCUGAACAAAGAAGAACACUCAAGAAUGUUCUCACACCCGGGUUUCGUGGACACAAAAGAUCAAACUGUUACCAACCAGUUCGCUCUGAAUAGCAUCCAAUUAGACUACUACAGCGACAUUCAAAAUCUGAGCAUUCAAAACUGCUCUUUUAUAGAAUCUUAAAAGGACUAAGCUAGAUACACCUUUUAAAAGUAAUCGCUAAGUCAGACCGGGGGAGCCUCCCGAAUCCGCUAGUAAAUUCCGGCCUUGCUUAUAACGGUUACCUUAGACAGUGUAAGGUCGGAUAAAUGUUGAUUUUUUAAAUGUUGUUCUUCGUCAAUGUUGCCCGUCAUGCAUUAAAAUUAGGAGUCACUCGAUACAGUUGAACGAAAGGACUUUUAUCUUUAUUUGUAAAGUACUUGAAGUACAUAUACUGAAUGUAAGUUUUAUUGUAAAUAGCAGAGCUCGUUUUUAAACAUAGCAAAACGAAGUUUAUAUUUAGUGAUAAUAUAUUUAUGAAUUUAUACUAAAGUUGAGAGGUUUUUUAAUGCACCCAUUAAAUGAGUCAAGAGCCAAAGCCU